AUGUGGCUUACAGGGAUAGCAGGAUCUAUUUUCGGAAUAUAUCUAAGUAGUCCUCAUCGAGCAUUUUGGUCUCCCGAAACAGAAGAAGUUAAGGAAGUUCCCAAAGAACCAGAACCAGUUGUCGACAUAAAAGAACUACGCCGAAAAAAACUCCAAGCUUGGCGGGAAAGUCACAAUUUACCCGAACCAGUCAAACAACCCCCCAAAUCAGCAGAUUUCGACUCAGAGGACCAAAAACCCGUCGAUUCCCAAAUCGAACCAGAAACUGUCCAGGAAGAAACAAUUUUCGAACCAAAUCCCCCAAAAGAAGCAGAAAACGAGGAAAUUGACCCUUUGGAUGCCUACAUGGAGUCCUUAAAGAAUGAUUUGUGGAAUAACGGACUUGUGAAGGGGGCAGACGGAGUAGUAUCGAACAUUCGAACUGAAAAAUCACGGAAAUGGCGGAAAGAUAAAGGAGAACUAAUGGAGAAUUCAGAACACGAAAUUGAAUACACAAACCCUGAAGGUGGAGAUGAUUUGGAAGAGACAAUCCGCAGAUUCAGUAUGAAGAAGGAGAAAGUAAUCCAAAUCGACCACACCAGUGUGGAAUACCAGCCUUUCCGUAAAUGUUUUUACACACCGAUUCCGGAAAUAGCGAACAUGUCAAGCGAAGAAGUCCAAAUUGUGAGACGUCAACUUGAUAAUAUCAAAGUGAAGGGAAAGAAGGCACCUCGGCCGGUCAAAACGUGGGCACAAACAGGCCUGCAUUUGAAGACGAUCGACACUCUGAAAAGGUGUGGUUUUAAUACGCCAACUCCAAUUCAAGCUCAGGCUGUUGUGACUAUUUUAUCAGGACUGAAUUUGAUUGGAAUAGCCAAGACGGGAUCUGGGAAGACAUUGGCUUAUGGUUUGCCACUAAUUCGACAUGUGGCUGACCAGGAUGUACUGCAGCCUGGGGAUGGGCCUAUUGCUAUUAUUAUGACGCCCACACGCGAGCUGUGUUAUCAAGUGACGAAUGAAAUCCGCAAAUUCGCCCGUCUAUUUGGACUGAAAGUGGUUUGUAUCCACGGAGGUUCCCCCAUUUCCGAACACAUUGCCGAGCUGAAGAAGGGGGCGGAGAUUAUUGUGUGUACUCCUGGGAGAAUGAUUGAUAUGUUGGCUGCUAAUAAUGGACGGGUGACUAAUUUAAGGCGUGUCACUUUUAUUGCCAUUGACGAGGCAGAUCGGAUGUUUGAUAUGGGAUUUGAGCCUCAGGUUAUGCGGAUUUUUGACAAUUCUCGGCCUGAUCGACAGGCUGUUUUAUUCUCGGCUACUUUCCCUCGACAAAUGGAGGCUCUGGCCCGCAGGAUUCUCGGCCAGCCGAUUGAAAUUCAAGUCGGAGGGAAGAAUAUUGUUUGUUCCGACGUUGAACAGCACGUUUUUGUGAUACAAGAAAACCAAAAAUUCCUCAAAUUGUUGGAACUUUUGGGAAUUUAUGGAGAAAAGGGUUCAAGUUUGGUGUUUGUGGACACACAAGAACACGCAGAUGAUUUGCUGAAGGGUUUAUUACGUCAUUCCUAUCCAUGUAUGGCCCUUCAUGGAGGUAUUGACCAGUAUGACCGGGAUUCGAUAUUCAACGACUUCAAAAACGGGGACAUUCGGCUGUUGGUGUCGACUUCUCUUGCAGCACGUGGACUGGAUGUGAGGGAUUUGUAUUUGGUGGUCAAUUAUGACUGUCCAAACCACUACGAGGAUUAUGUACAUCGGUGUGGGCGAACAGGGAGGGCAGGAAAUAAAGGAAAUGCUUUCACAUUUAUUUGUCCUGGCCAGGAAAAGUACGCAAUUCACCUGAUGGAUGCACUCAAGUCCUCAGACAGACCAGUUCCUCAACAAUUGGAGGCAAUGGCUGAUUCAUAUCUCUCCAAACUCAACGAACAGGGCAAAUCUCACAAUCGGUUUAACGGAUUUGGAGGCCACGGCUUUUCAUUUAACAAAUCCGAGUCAGUGAACUACCAGAAUGAACAACGAACUGCAUUUGGCUUUAUUUCUGAUAUGAUUGACGACGGGGAUGCCGAUGAGAAUUCGGUCGAGAUUGAAAGUAACAUUGAACGAAUCUUCCACGGAGAUUGUGACAAAAUGACACUAUCAUUAUUGGGUGCUUCUGCCCGGAAGGAAGCUAAUCGGACCAAGCUUGAGAAAGCCAGAUUGUUGGCCUACGAAGAGAGUCAAGCCGCCGAUGGAGUUCAAUCAAGUGGGGAAACAAUUCUUGACAUGAGGUCACGUGCGGUUGAAUUGGCGGAAAAGUUACACGAACGUGUUGGUUAUACUCCGUCGCCCACAUUGUAUGCCGAGGAAGUUGAGAAAUAUACACGUUAUGCCUGUGAUCUGGAAAUAAAUGAUUUUCCUCGACAGGCUCGUUGGAAGAUUACAUCUCGUGAAGUUCUUUCUCAGAUUGAAGAGUGUUCGUAUGGGGCGACCGUAGGGGUGGGUGGAGUGGUGGUGGAACGUGGGAAGAAACCCCCCUUGGGGGAGAGAAAACUGCACAUUUCGAUCGCUGCCACCUCACAGGGGGCGUUGGAUAGAGCAAAGAACGAGAUUGUUCGAAUUAUCAAAGAAGAGCUGGUGGAAAUUCAGGGUUCUUCCAGAUAUCAGGAGUUUGGAAGAUAUGUGGUUUAA